AUGAUUUCGCGCCUAACUUGGCUCUCCUUGCGUGACUUCUUGUCUGGCCACUAUUACUACUACUACUACUACUACUACUACUACUACUACUACUACUACUACUACUACUACUACUACUACUACUACUACUACUACUACUACUACUACUACUACUACUACUACUACUACUACUACUACUACUACUACUACUACUACUACUACUACUACUACUAUCGGCGGUUCGGCCGUCGUUGCCGACGAUGUCCACAGUAUGCUCUACAACAAGCUGAGGCACGGUGA